UUGGAUUUAAUUUUGAUAUAAAAACAACAGGAACAGCAGCCAAAAGUUGUUGUUGCCAAACUUUUAAGUUUCUCCUAUCGGCGGGCAGUAAAAAACAGCGGCGCCGCCGCCGUUGAGGGCUGUCCAGCGAUGACAGCGAUCAGGAAACGCAUUUGACACGCAGCCCAAGAUCUCAAAUACACACACAUACACAAUCAGUAUCACACACACACACCCACACACACACUCGUAUACACAACCAAAAUCAGAAACCAAAAAGCAAACAUAUAUCAAACGUGAGGAGUCGCAACAAAUGUGGAAGAUGUUGGAUACCAUGAUGGAUGCCGAGCUCUUCAUGUUCGACUGCGAUGACUGCGCCGGCAUGCCGCUAGCCCCACCACCACAGUUCCUGGUACCACCGCCGCCGCGGCCACCAGCGCUAGCCGAAUACACGGUGGUGCCGCAGGACUGCAACGAGGAGCAACUGGCGCAACAGCAAUGGGACAGUGAUGUCUGCCAGGCGAUACCGAUACUGGAUGCCAGCUUAUACAGUAGCCAAUCACUGGCCACCUCAGCGAUGAUAGCGGUUUUUUCACUGCUGCUGGUGCUCAUUGUGCUCAUCUCUUCGCUGUUUGUCUGGAAAAACAAACGAAAGGUACAAAAUCUGCUGCCCUGCAAGACGCCCACGCGUGGUGCGCUCAGUGGCACGUUGCCCUUGGGCGGUGCCAGUGGCGCGCACAGUGGGCAGCAUCAUCACCAUGCCAUGUACGAGGAUCCCGAUGCGCACCUGGGUCACCAUCGGCCGCUGGUGAUGCGGCACCAUCAUCAGUAUCAGCACGCGCAUCAUCAGCACCAGCAUCCGCACCAUCAUCAUCAUCAUCUGCAUCAUCAUUACCAGCAGCAUCCGCACACAGAGCUGCUGCAGGGCAAGAGCAUACAUUAUCCCAGCGGUUAUCCGAUGACGCGUUCACCGCCCUUCCUCGUCAGCUCCUCGCCCGGCCCGGAUCCGUAUCGGUCGAACGACAACGUCUACGAGGAGCUCGGCCCCGGUCGCGUGGACUCCGAUGGGGAGUCGGAGCCGCCGCUGCACUCGGACGACGACUUCGCCGAGGACGAGCUGUCGCUGCCGGGCGAGUGCAGCUUCCACAAGGAGCCCAAUAGCACGCCCUUAGCAGGUGCUGUGCCGCCAGCCACGCCCUAUCACGAACGACCCGCGGGCAGCAGCAGCAGCGCAGCAGCGGCAAAUGCUGCAGUUGCAGUUUCCGCCACUGUCAGCCAGGUGGCGCCACCGCCGCAGGAGCGACACAGCGUGCUCAGCUCGGGCUCGUCGACGGCGCCGGAUGCUUCCACGGCCAGUGCAUCCACCAGCAGCAACCCGCACAACAGCAACAGCCACAGCCACAGCCACAACAACAACAACAACAACAACGAGUUGGCAAGCGGCGGCCCGCUGCGCCGCAUUCAGCGCAGUCGCCAGCAGCGAGCGCAGGACGAGCUGAACAACAGCAGCUCCACGGCGGACAUUGCGGACCUGGCGCCGCUCUAUGACAAUCGCAGCAACAUGAUGUCGCUUGGCUACUUGGCCCGGUCGACGGCGCCGCAGUUCUACAACACGCUCGAGCACGAGGUGGAGCGCCGCAAUCGGAUUAACGCGCAGCUCAGCCAGGCGCCGGCGCCGCCGUUGGCCACCAUCUACCGGGAGCGCAUUCGCUACCCGAGCGUGCAGCAGUAUGCGCCCAACAGCGCCAACGGCCUCAUGGCAGCCACGAUGCGGGUGCGCACCCAGCCACGCCUCCUGGACCGUCGCCCACCGGCGCAUCAGCACCAGCAUCAUCGCAUUCAUGCCGCGCCGCUGGCCACCGAGCCCGCCUACGGCUAUGCUGAGCCGAUUUAUAAUGCCAACUACUACUACGACAGCGCCGGCGUGGGCCCCGUGGGUGUGGCAGCCGGAGGCGCUGGUUCGGCGAGACCCUAUGCCUCCACACUGCUGCCCACAUCGGCCGCCGACUACAGGCAGCCCUACGGCGACUCCAGCUUUGGCUCCGACUCCGGCUACAGCCAUCACACGCCCGCCAGCUCGAUUGGACGGCAGGACUACGACCUGGCCGAGCCGCAGCUGAAGCCGAGCAAGCUGAGCGCUGCCCUGAGCUUUGGCUGGCAUCGGGCUAGGAAGGCCUCCGGCACGCCCACGGCCACAGCGAUGCCCAUCGCCUCGAUCAGCAGCAGCAGCAACGAGGCGACCAGCCCCAACAACAACAGCGCCUGCUCCACAGUCCCCACGCAGCUGGACAAUAACAAUGCGAGCAGCCUGUCCCCGGCGUAGAUCGGUUAGGCAUUGCAUAUGUCCAACCAGACUAGAGCCAAGCGUGUAUAUAAGAGAGAGAGAGAGGGAGUCCUCUCUCGAUUCAUGUACAGUUAGCGAGUAGCUUUUUAGCCCUUAAGCUUCUUCUGAAUUUAGCCAAUAGUUAAGUGUUCCAGGGACAAGUUCUCGACAAUUUGUCUCCCUCUGCUGCGUGUACAUCGUAAAAGCAAUAGACCUAUAUUACCGAUAUGCUGUAGUUAGGUACUCCAGGCGCCCCCACGCCCCCUCCCGCCCUGUUCAUAAGCAUAAAUCCUAUUUGGGGCCUGCCAUAAUUUAAAAGUCAGUGUAACUUCUAGAAAGCAAAGAACUUAUAGCGUCUAAGUGUUUUUCCAAUGUGAUUGCCAAAUUCUACAAUUUAAUAUAAUGACAAACUGAGCGGAAUGAAAGAAGCAGAAACUAAAGUAAACUAAUUUAUAACGAAAUUAAUGCAUAAACUAAAUUUUUAUU